UGUUAUAUCGUAAAUAAAUCCAUACAUCAAGAGCUUUAGGACACGCUAUCCAUUGACGCAUCUGUCAUUAAUUCGGGUGGGGAAGUGUGGCAAGGUUGCAACCAUGUUUACCAACCUCGGGCCACCCCACCCUCUGACGUCCUUUGUUCCCCUCAUCCCUCUUCGUCUCAUCCUCUCCCAUCCAUGUGCAAUUGAGCACUCCAAACCCAAUACAUUCUUUCCUCUCAUGCUGGCAAUCAUAAACUGACCCCCCUCGAUCCCAAUGCCACUGACCAUCCUCUCGGAGACGCAGCUCCGAUCCCUGCUGCUCUCACUCACCCGCGAAGAGGUCUUCACCUUACAACGAAACCUCGCCCUCGCCCUCCGAGACUACUCCAUCGGCAACCAAGACUCCGGCUGUUCCGCUGUCUACCAACCGCGACGGACUGCAAUCACCCGACAAAAUGGCUGUACGACCCUGUUCAUGCCGGCCAGCACGGGCCACUCGAUGGGGAUGAAGGUCAUCUCCCUGCAGGAUGCAGACACCGCGGGCUGUUCGACGGACGAUGGGCCGGAGCCAUUGAGGGAAGAGAAGGCGCCCUCAGAGACACCAGGGACCCGGGCGUCUGUGGCGUCCCUGGAGUCCGACCUUAGCGAGUUGUCCGUCUCCUCCUCGGGUGGCGGCAGGGCGAGUGAUCCGGGCGGGUCAAUGAGCCAGUCGAGCAGCAACUCGAUCGAUGCGGGGUGUGUCAAUCAGCAGCCGGUGGAUACGGGGAUGUCCGGAACGCUGGGGGCCUGGCCGGGCGCCGGGAGUCGCGACACCUCGCCGCAGGGCUGCCAGAUACUGCUGGAUGAUUCCAGCCUGCCGUUUGGGAUGAUCAACACGCACGAGCUGACCCCGUUCCGCACGGCGUUGACGGCCACGAUGCUGCUCAACAAGCGCAAGAAGGUGCGCUCGGUGGUGGUGUUCGGCGCCGGCAAGCAGGCCUACUGGCACAUCCGGCUGGCGUUGGUGCUGCGUGGGGCCGACAUCAAGCGGGUGUUCAUCAUCAACCGGUCGUUUGAUCGGGCGGCGGAGCUGCUCCGGGACAUCUACGCGCCUGAGAACGCGGGGUGGCGCGGGGAGGUGAAGUUCUCGGCGAUCAGCAGCGACUUCGGCGAGUACGCGCGGGUCCUGCACGACACGCUGCGCAAGGCCGACGUCAUCUUCUGCUGCACGCCGUCGGUGCAGCCGCUGUUCCCGGCGGAGCUGCUGACGUCGCGCGAGGGCCGCCAGAGAGGCCGGCUGAUCAGCGCGAUCGGGUCCUACAAGCCGCACAUGACGGAGCUGCACCCGGACAUUCUGCGUGAGGAGGUGAAGGUCUCGACGAGCCACUGGCAUUUCCACAAGCACGUCCGUCACAGCGGGGUGGUGGUGGUGGACAGUCUCACGGGGGCGAUGAAAGAGGCGGGUGAGAUCGUGCAGGCGGGGAUCCAGCCCCAUCAGGUGGUUGAGCUGGGCGAGCUCCUCAUGGUGCGGUACCAGUCGCAGGGGUCGAGUGCGGACAACGACGACGAUGCGAAGAACCUGCGCGAGUGGGUGGAAUCGGGGAAUGUCAUCUUCAAGAGCGUGGGGAUGGGAUUGAUGGAUUUGGUGACGGGGGGAGAUCUCAUCCGGCUGGCUGGAGAGAGGGGAGUGGGGACGUUGGUUGAUGAUUUUUAA